AUGCCAUCCCUCGCGGCAUUCCCUCCGUCCCCUUCAAUCACGGUCCUCGGUGGAUUCACUGAUCCUCACUUCACCACCGUUGCACUGCCGAUCGUCGUCUUCAAGAUGUGCACGACUACGACCCAAGUGCGCGCUGUCUGGGACAGCAAACUUCUGAGCAGUUUCGUGGUCCACUUGUCUAGCCACACCCGCACGUAUCAAGGUUAA